CUGAUGUCUCUGGCAAUUCAGAAGGAGAAAAAGGAGGGACUCAAAACUCCUGGAAGAAACUGAAGAAAGGAAUCGGAAGGUCGGUUGAGUGUUGGUUGAUUAGGAAAGAAACGACGGACGGAGACCAGACCAAAGGAUUGAAGUGGCCUUCAUUUAAUCUGAAAAUGAUGGGAUGGACGGCCAGAAGUGAGUCCUCGCAUGCCUCGCAUUGAUGAAGUGUUAGCCCGCCGUGCGAGUGGCUAUCGUGGGGCUUGUGGGUGUGGAUCAUGGCAUCGGUAAAGGUGGCGGUCCGGGUGCGACCCUUCAACCGCAGGGAAAAGGAUUUGGAAUCGCAAUGUGUGGUCCGGAUGCGCGGCAAUGAAGUGGUGCUGGACCAAUCCAAUAGUUCGCUUUCAACGUCAACUCCUCGCGGGGCUCAUCAGUUCCAACAUGCUUUCACUUUUGACUUUGCCUAUUGGUCGCACAAUACCACGGUGGACGAAUUUGCCACCCAAUCCAAAGUGUAUCAGGAUUUGGGGACCGAUGUGGUGGAAAAUGCUUUCGGGGGUUAUAACGUUUGUGUCUUUGCCUACGGUCAAACUGGGAGUGGAAAGACAUACACCAUGAUGGGAUCCGAAGAAGAGGACCGAGGUCUCAUUCCGCGGAUUUGCAAGGCCCUCUUCGAUAAAAUGAAUGCCUCCACCGCUCAACAAUCGGGCUCAACUUUCCGCACUGAAGUUAGCUACUUGGAGAUAUACAAUGAGAGAGUCAAGGAUUUACUGCAACGGGAUCCGAGUCAUUCGCUACGCAUUCGAGAACAUCCAACUACGGGCCCGUAUGUUCAAAACCUAUCGAGACAUUUGGUUGUCAAUUAUAAUGACAUUUUGAACUUGAUGGAAAAAGGAAACAGCAUCAGGACUACGGCGCAGACAAAUAUGAAUGAUACCUCGAGUCGAAGCCAUGCCAUAUUCACCAUCACUUUUGUGAACGCCGGAUUCUCGGAGGGAAUUCCUCACGAGACUGUGAGUAAGAUUCAUCUAGUUGAUUUGGCCGGAAGUGAACGCGCCGAUUCUACGGGUGCCACGGGUCAACGACUCAAAGAAGGGGCCCAUAUCAACAAAUCCUUGGUGACUCUUGGCUCGGUGAUAUCUGCACUGGCUGAAGCAACACCUGGAAAGAAUCGGUCUUCCACAAAGCACAUUCCAUACCGUGAUUCUGUACUCACAUGGUUAUUGAAGGACUCAUUGGGCGGAAACUCCAAGACCAUUAUGAUUGCCACAAUUAGCCCCGCCGAGGUGAAUGCCUCCGAGACGCUCUCGACACUCAGAUAUGCCAAUCGAGCUAAAAACAUUAUCAACAAGCCCACAGUCAAUGAGGAUCCUAAUGUGAAACUGAUUCGAGACUUACGAGACGAAAUCGAUCGUCUCCGACGAGGCAUGUCAUUAGACCCAGAGACCUUAGCCGUGGUCCAAAAAGAGCUGGCCGCCAAAGAAGCCCAAGAGAGAACUUUAACGGAAGAAUGGACAGAAAAAUGGAAGGAAGCGGCUAUCAUACUGAAGGAACAGAAAGCCCUAGCCUUGAAACGGACCGGGCUAGGCGUAAUGCUCGACUCCGAUCAACCCCAUCUAGUUGGGAUUGAUGAGGAUGUCUUGAGCACUGGAAUCACUCUUUACCAUUUGAAGGAGGGAGAGACGUUCAUAGGAACCAGUCUAACGAACCCAGACAUUGCCCUAAAAGGAGCUUGUCUCGAAGACAAUCAUUGUCGGAUUGUGUUGAAAAAUGGUGUUGCCACCUUAAUUCCAUUCGAGGAUGCACUUUGUAUGGUGAAUGCCUCCUUGAUAACGAGUCCAGUGAAGCUGUCCCAAGGAUGCGUUGUGGUUCUUGGCAAAACGAACAUGUUCAGAUACAACGACCCGAAAGAGGCGGCAAGUAUGAGGAAAAAUAAUGAUUUCCUGAACAAACAGGGCGAAGAUCUGAUGAAUAGGUCCCUUCUCAGUCAAUCCCUUUCGGAUUUGAGGAACACCAACAGGGCAUUAACCACCGUCGAUGGAAAGCAUCAUCUAUCGGAGGGGAAUAUCAAAGAGAUUGAUUACAAGCAGUCAGUGUUAGAGCUUAUCAGUGAAACUGGCGUCGAAACAUUCCCUCAAACCUCCUCCAAUGAAAUCCCUGACAACGAAAUAAUGUCCGCGAAAAGCAAUUUCGAAUUUGAACCAAAAGAGUCUUCAAGCCGUGAUCAAGAAAAACUCUCUCCGUCCUUUGGUGCUAACAGUACGGGUGAUGAGGUGGACGAGCUUUAUAAGCUUAUUUGCCACCAAAAAGAAGUGAUAAUGACCUGCCUUGAGUCAGACCAAUGUGAUAUUCAAAACUUGAACGACGAAAUCGUCAAGUUGAAAAAUAUGCAAGAAGAGUAUACCAAGCUGGAGGUGUCAUCCAUGAAGAAGUUGUGGAGAUCCGUUCAUUUCACUGGCAACCGAUUCUCUGACGAUUUAUUUGACUCCUUCGAUGAAAAGUUUGAUGCUUUGGUCGAGCAAGAAGUCGAUCGACGGCUUUUUCAAGAUCGAGUUUUGAAGUCUACGGAAUCGAUUGCCAGAGACAAGGAACUUGAAAGGAUCAAAAGAGAUCAGCAAAUGUUGGACCUGCAAAGGCACCAUGAGAAAGAAAUAUAUUUGCUCCGAAAGCGCCUUCAUGAAUUUCAGCAAGUCAAUUCAGAAAGCCCACCUGUUACAAGUUCACAAACUCGUCUCCCAGCCAACAUUUCUAUUGUACAGUAUCAACUGAAAAAUGGUAGCCAUGUUGAAUACAAAGUUGUUAUUUGGACCCCAGAGGAAACGUGGACUUUGGAACGACGAUUUCGAAUGUUCCGUGACCUUCAUGUGGCCAUGUGUCACAAAUACAACGCAUUGGUUCAAGGACUUGGUUUUCCUUCCAGACGGCUGUUCGGCAAUACUUCAGAAACUGUCGCCGCCGAGAGGCAGCAUCAGUUGGAAUCUUACUUAAACGCUCUGAUUCAAAAGUGCGCGCUCCAACGAGAAUGUCCUCUGUACAAUUGCUUCUCCGGAUAUCGCGUUGCCUUUGUGAAGUUCUCGCCCUUCUUCCAGCCUCCUUAGAAACAAACUUCGAUUCAGUUCACCAAUAUAUAUUUUUACACCAUCAAUGAAAUAAUAUCAAUAUUUAUCUGCCCACCA